GCCUUUUGAUGGUGAUGAAUUUGAUAUCGGAUUGGCGGUAAAAAUUUGCCAAGGAAAACGACCAGAAUUUAGAAUCAAAUUUCCUACUAUUUAUGAUAAUUUGGCCAAAAGUUGUGCGCAUUCAGAUCCAAGCAGACGACCUAAUAUUGCUAUGGUUAUUUCUACAAUCAAUGACUGGAUUCAAGCUUUAAAAGCUUCGCCUGCAGAGAAUCUUGAAGAGACUGAUUUUUAUUUUGAUGUUAUUAAUAAAGCAUUUCAAGAUGCUGAUAUAAUUAAUAUUCCAGUUAUCGAGCAAACACAUCCAGAUUAUAUGUACACUUCAAAGCCAAUUAACACGAGAGAGAUCAUAAAAGCAUUUGGAAUUGAACUUGAGAAAGAUGGAACAAAAGCAUUAGAAUGGUAUUUGCAGCAAUAUCAAUUACAAUGGUUUUCGUACAACCAAUUUAAAGAUAUCCAAGAGAUUGGUCAAGGCGGAUAUGCGACGGUAUUUAAAGCUAAAGAAAAUAUAACAAAUCAAACA